CAUAAAAUAUGGACCGGUGGACAAAAACGCAUUUUUCAUACUAUGGUCUUUGAUCAGCAGCACGUCCUGUACAAUAUACUUUAAUACAAAUUAAACUUUUUUUUUUAACUAGCUGCUCUGCGAAAGUGUUUAUUUCUACCGCUGGUGGCGCUGUGGCUUGUUGUGGUCACAUUUAAAACGCUGAAGAAGAGGUUCAACUUAUGUUUUGGGGCAAAUGGCAGCAGCAAGAUGACAGUCAGGUAUACCUUUAUGUUGUUAAAAAAAAAAAACAGUAAAAGAUAAUGUGGAGGUUAAGUAGAGUCGGCCAUAAAGUUGGCCGAUCAGACUACAGCUUGGAGGAGUUCCGCUUAAAGAGGCGAGAGCACGAAAAGGCUCUUCGUCAGGCCCGCAGAGACAAACAUCUGGUGAGCAAGAGACUUCUGCUGAUUGAAGAUGAGGUGCGGCAAGAAGCCGCCAUGGACACUUGCUCCGAUGAAAAGGAUGUUGUCAGUUUGUUCCACAAACUUCAACACAAUGGUCCAGAGAGGGAAGCCCACCUCAAAACUUUGAGUCAGUUUCUUCGUGACCCGUCGGCUCAACUCGCUUUUAUCAAGCAAGAAAACAGUAUCCACCUGCUGGUCGGCCUCCUCACAGGUUCCAACACUCAGCGCCGCCUGCAGUCUGUCCGCUGUCUGCACGAACUGUCUCACUCUCCUCACCCUAGCGUGGCUUCAGCCUGUCUGCCCGCCACCCCUUACCUCCUCACCUAUCUGUCUGGACAAAGCACCAGGUUCACUGAGCUUUGUCUCUACACGCUUGGCAACUUGUGCCCGGACAGUGACGUUGUGAGAGAGAAACUUCUGGCUCAGGGAAUCAUACCAGCGCUUGCCAGCUGUAUUGAGACCCAGAAGCAUAAUAUGGCGGUGGUGGAAGCUGUGGGUUUCACUCUUUCUCAGCUUCUCCAAACCAAAGAAGCAUCAAGCAAAAUAAUCCCGUCCAUUCUGGCCUCUAGUUUACCUACACACCUUUUAGCAGCACUGAUACCCGACCAGAAUUUUUCACUGGGUCCUGCCAUCGAGUGUGCAUGGUGUUUGCAUUACCUUACCUGCAGUUCUGAGAAUAACGAAGCACUGUUGGCUUGUGGAGCACUGUUGCAGUGCAGUACCCUGAUAGUGUCAUUGGGUGGUGCUGCUGCACAAGGAAACAGAGAGGAUGGCCGAGAACUGCUUGUUUGUCCUCUGCUGAGGUCCACGGCGAACCUGCUGUCUUCCUGCACGCGCGGGGGGGCGACCGCUUCCCUGGGUGAUGUUGAGCUCGCAGCCGCUCUGUGCGCUCUGCUUCAGGCCUACGUGCAGACUCGACCCUCCUUGGCCAGAGAGAGCGCCUGGGUCCUCAACAACCUCACAGCUCAGUCCAGUCUGUUCUGUUCGGCCCUGCUGACUCUUAACUUGGUCCCUGGGCUUCUCCAGCUUCUGCCAUUCUCUCAGGGCAUCAACACAAUGAUUCUGAGAGUUCUGGCAAAUGUGGCCCACAAGAAAAAGGACUUCUGCAUCCAGCUGGCCCAGGUCGGUCUGCUGUCUUCCCUCUCGGCCACACUCAAAAUGGCCGAUCAGGAAGUGUUGAUCCUUAGUAUGGACAUCCUUUAUAUGCUGCUAGCUAGUAGUCCUCAAGUGGCGGGGGACUUUAUAAGGCAAGGCGGUCUUUCGCUUCUAGAAACCUUUCAAUACUACAGUGAAGCAGAUGUGAGGCGAAGGGCAGCGUACCUGCUGGAGCGCCACCUGCUGUCUUCUUCUUCACAAUGCGCAGUGAAUACCUGGAAAUGUUGUUUCUCACGUGUCCUGUAAGCAUGAAAUUACAAGUAAGUAUGUUUAUGUUUUUGUGUUGCAGGACAGUUGGAUCCCACCUUCUUGACCCAACAGCGAGUCAGAAAGAUGUGGUCAAUGGUAUUAUGUCGUUAUGACAGUGGAAAAGUACAUUUUAACAUCGUUUUACUCACAAGUACAUACAGAUGAUCAUUAUUUUUCUUAUUCAUUUUGUAUUUUCACAGGAAAUUGUCCCCAAAGUAAAGCAACGUUCCUCGCUAUGUCGCGGUUUGAAUAUUACUCCCCCACUAUAUCAUGUUUUAAAAUAUUAAUAAUAAUAAAUUAUGUUUUGUGGUUGACUAUGGCCUAUUAAUAGUCAUAAAAUAUUGAAAGACAUGUUCUACAGUAUGUAGUAUUGUGGUCACUAGGCAUCAGUAAUGUUCUGUGACUGGCUACUGAGCCACCCGAGGCGUUUAUGUCACGGCUGAGAUCGAAAAAAAAAGGUUCCGUGUGGAAUUGGUAAGUUUUUUUUUUGCUUCUUUGUCCUUCUUCCCCGCUCGGUUUGAAAUGCUUUCUGCUUUCUUAAGUUUAGAAUAUGCAAUUUAGAGAGACUAACUUGUUAGCUCAGUAGCUUGCUAUGCUAGCCGCAGUUGUCUCUUAUGUCCCUGCAGCGAUACCGUAGCCUGCGCAAUGCCAUGCCAACAACAAUGGGAGUGUAAAGAUAUUUUAAGGACGAAAAUGUAAUUUUUUUGUGUGUGUGUGUGAUUUUUUUUUUAAAUGUCUUCGGCUGCCAGUUAAAUACAUUAUGAGAACAACUAACAUUGUCUAUUCAGAUUUACUGUAAGCAAUAGGAUACUGUAUGUCAUUCAGUAUUUUAGUUUCAAUUUUGGUUCACGUUUACAUUUUGAAAUUGAAUUAGAUGCAAACCAAAAUAAAACCCCAUAAGACAAGUGCUUCUCAAACAGUGGGGCAGGGGCCCAUGGGGGGCCAUGAUGUUAUCUGAAAUCAUUUCAUUAAUCUAUUUCAGGGGUGUCCAAAGUGCAACCCAGGGGCCAUUUCGGACCGCGGCACAGUCUAAAAGUAUAAUUUAACAAGAAAGACCCAAAAAAAAAAACAAAAAUAGAAAUAUCAGUAGUAAUUUUACAAAGUUAAAUAUUAGAGAAAAAAAGUUGUAAUCUAACAAGAAAAAGCUAUUUUAUGAGAAUAACAUAAUAUGAGGAAAAAAUAAAGCACAGCAAAUAGCAUGAAGUUGAAAUAUUACAGAUUUUUUUUUUCAAUCGUGAUAUGAGGAAAAAAAAGUUCUAUUGUUGAAAAAUUACUUUGUGGAAAAAGUUAUUUUACAAGAAUAAAGUCAAAAUAUUAUGGGUAUAAAGUCAUAACUACAAGAAGAAUUUACCAGAAAUUUAAAAAGGACAAAGAAUUUAUAAGAAACAGUUCGAAUAGCUCAAAUUAAAAAAAAUAACAACUAUAAUUUUAAGAGAAUAAAGUCAAAAUAUUAACAAAAAAAUAUUCUAACAAGAAAAAAUUGGCAAUUUUAUCAGAAUAAACUCUCAGUAUUAUGAGGAAAAAUAAUGCCAUUUUAGCAGCAUAGAGUUGAAAUAUUAAAGAAAAAUAAAAAUGAAGUUUUUUUAGAUUGAAGAAGUUAGAUUGGGGGGGAAGCUAUAAUACGAGAAUAAAGUCAUAAUAUUACAAAAAAAAGAAGAUUAUUUUAGAAGGAAGUUGAAAUAUUGGGAAAAUUAAAAAAAAAAUAGGGAGGAAAAAAAGCAAAGACCAAAGUUCACACUAAAAACAAUCGAAUUCAAUGACAUCAUCCAAAGUUUUGAGCUCCUCCUCUUGAUAAAAAAAAAAAAGUUUCAAAUUUCUGUACUUCCUCUUCCCACCCCCCACAUUCCCAAACCGUUCCCCACACUGCUGCUCUCUAUGAAAAAAGAAAGCAAGGUAAGUGCAUGUCACACCUUUCUUUUUCAUCAUAGUUUGCUGUCGAUUUCUGAAUUUUUUCUGCAACUUCCCUUCCGGAAGAGUUGUGAAACACAAGCAGUGCUGCCAAGUCGUAAGGAGGGAGGGGGCGCAACGCACAUCUGCUUUGACUAACAAUGUUGUUUGUCAUGUCUGUAGCGUCCCCACCAUGGAUGACAGUGCACCAACAACACCCACCACCCCCACGGAGAUCACAAGAGGACAACAGCAAGGGAAACUUAAAGAAGACCCGAAGGUGCUGAUGUCCAGCAAGCCUCUUCACCGCUUUGUCGAAAAGGAGCCCCAAAGUCUCGGUAUUGUCAUUGUGAUCUGUGGCUGUGCAGAGGUCAUGAUGGGAUUUGUCUUGUCCAGUGAUAGUAAGACAAACUCCACUGGUCUCUACAUCCCUUUCUGGCAGGGAGCUCUGUUUGUCAUCUGUGGAGUCUUGUCUAUCUACACGGGAGCACGUCCAUCAAAGAGGAUGGUGACAGUUUGUUUGGCCAUGUAUGUGGUUUCCAUCCUGGGAGUCAUCGUGUCUUUCGGAUACAGGAUAUCCUGCUUAACAUAUUACCGCUAUAUCAGGUUCUCUGCGGGAUACUUUGUGGACAAAAAGUGGAGCCACAGCAGAUUGGAUCAAAUUUAUGGCAUUGAAGGCGUUUUGUUCACGUGCUCUCUGUGUGUGUCGGUGCUUCUCAUCUUCUUGUCAGCAGUCGCACGCUUGGCUCUCAAAUCCACAAACACUCAGGUCAUUUUCCAGCGAGUUUCAACGCAGCAGAGUGACACAACAUUCCAACCGUAACUAUGGAGCCCUUGCACUUCAUGAUCAUUAAUCUGUACAGUUUACCGUACACUCACAUUACAGCGUUAGCAGUGCUUGCUCCACGUGCCUUCCUAUGCUUCCCAUUGCUCCGUUUUUCAGUAUUCAUUUAAAUAUGUUUAUUAUUGUGGCUGUAGUUUGCAGUGAUGUAUCACUGAGUAUGUGUAAGGCAGAUUUGCACCAUUGCAAACUACAAUCACUAUAAUAAACAUAUCUUUAAAUUAGUAUGCCUCAAAACUGAGAGAUUUGCUAAGGCAACAGGCCUUUCAAAAAGGCACCAUUAUAUGAGACACCAUUAGACUCUGCAGGUGUACCGAAUAAAAUGGCUUGUGUGCGUAUCAUACUUUUUAUACUGGCAGCACCAAAAAAAAAAUGUUUUUCACGUAUUUAUUACAGAUUUGCAUUUACUAACCUCAAAUGUCUCAGAUGUGCAUACUAACACCACUAACCACAAACCUACAAGUAACCGAACACUCAUCAUAACAUAUAUUUGGCCUACAUACAGUAUUAGAUACCCAGUUUAGUAUCAUGCAAUGUUAAUAUUACCUCAUAUUCUUCUAUAUUCUAUUACACAAAUACACUCAUCAAACCCUGCUUAAGGCACAACCACACCAUUUACAGAGAUCCAGGACGUGGAUCAGAAAUGUUUUGAUUGGCACCUUCAGAGUAAUAUUAAAUGAAGAACACUUAAGCCUAAAACCAUUUUCAACCAAGGCCAAAUGUUGAGUUUGUUAUUUUUGAUGAAUAUUUAUCAUCGACCUGGGUUUGACGCAGGAAAGUGACAAAAGGUUGUAAGACGUCGUGCUAAUAUAUUUUUUUUAGAUAUCGUUUUCAUUAUUUGAGGUUCCGGGGGCCAUUUGUGGCCCGUGGCUUUUUUUUUUUUUUCUAAUUGGCCCCGCAGUACGUUCUAAAAAUGUCAUUUAACAAGAAAACUAAACACUAAACAACAAAAUCAGCAAUUUUAUAGGAAUAAAGUCAAUAUUAAGACAAAAAAAGUCGUAGUGCGACCAGUCGCCCGAAGUCAGCUGGGAUAGGCUCCAGCAUGCCCCCGCGACCCUAAUGAGGAUGAAGCGGUAUAGAAAAUGGAUGGAUGGAAAAGUCGUAGUUUUACAAGAAUAACGUAAUAUGAAAAAAAAAAACAUCAUUUUAGUAGAAUCAAGUUGAAAUAUUAAAUAAAAUGUCUUUUUUUUAUGGGAAUAAAGUCAAAAUAUUAUGGGAUCAUAGUCAUUAAUAAAUAUUACAAGAAGUAAAUGAACAAAGAUUAUUUAAGAAGUAGAUGUAAAUAUUUGGAAAAUGUAAAAACAACAAAUGUUUUUCAAAAUGUGAGGUGGGCCACCCCUGGGAGGUGCUGGCGGUCUUCAGGAGAUAUGCUGCAGCUUGAGAAAAAUCAAGAAAACCAUUUUUCAUACCUGCGAAGUUACAGUAAUGUCAGUAAUGUUUAAAGACACAAUUAAUUGAUUUUAGGUGCUACAGUGAGAAAGUAAUCUGGGGCAAGCAGAAAACUCUUUAUCUUGUAAAGUUACUGCUGAUUUUACAAUAUUUUUCAAAUGCGCCACGGACCGCACUUUGGACACGCCUGUCAUAGUCCCUGUGUGAUCUGACAGGAAACCGCCAUAUUUGUCUGCAUUGUUUUUAAUCAGCACUCUGCAGUUUUUUCAUUUUCAGAACCAUCUCAGUCAGAUGUGAGCGAUUUACAGUUUGUUAAAAAAAAAAAAAAAGAUAAUUUUCAUGUCUCAAAUGUUUAACAUCUCGGGAUCUAACCUUCAAUAUUGCAAAGGUAGAAGGCCACAUACAUAAAACAACCAAACCCACGUUACAUUUGCAUUAAUGCCGUCAUGUGAUCAUCAGUGUGAGGCUGCUUGAUUUCGCAGUCCUCAAGUCACAAGAUAGCAGCAUGGCCUGAGGCGGUAUCACAACCAUGUUAAUGUCAAAUAGAAUGCGAAGGGGCGCAACUGCAUUGUGUUCCUCCUUAUGACUGUGAGCAUUUUUAUCUGUGAAUGUGUCCUUUGGAGCACUUUUUAAGGUCUGAUUUUAGCUUUCCUGUGCAAUAAAUGUUUAUGUUGGCAUUUCAUUACGCACAAUGCAUCUUUUUAGUCCUGUAGGUAUACAUACAUUAAAAAGACAAGUACACAUUAGACACAUUUGGUCACUUAAAUUUAUUUCAGUGAGGCAGCAAACAGCAGUUUAUUCCAGAAUCUUCCUCCUUAAAGGUUGCCCGUCGAUGUUGUCGUCAUUUGGUCCAUGUGCACGAUGGCUUAAAUUAAUAGACGUAGUUGGUGGUGUGCAGAGACUGCAUGGAGGCCUGGUCGGCCGAGCCUGUGGCCUUGUACUCUCCUUUGGCAGCCAGGCCGUUGAUCUGAGGGGAAAGUCACAUCUAAGUGUUAAUCAUCAGCCAGGUUAACUGCACCACAUUAGCGGGACAAACCGCAUCAGAGAAAUCAUUUACCAGCCACAGUAGAGUUGAGUAAUACAAGAUAAGAGGGGAUUAAUACAUUUAUUGCCUCUCUUGUUGAGCCCUUCGUGGAGGCUUACCUUGGCCCUACUGCAGAAAGCUUCCUGUGCAGCUGCCUUGUUGGCGGCCUUGCCCUGCCAGGCUGCAAGGGUGGACGCCUGCAGCGCGCGGCCGUACGAGAAGGUGAGCUUCCAGGGGCGAUAUAGGGGCACCUGGUUGAUGGCGUUCAAGUUGAGCGAGGCCUCCUCCUCACUCUGGCCCCCGGACAGAAAGCAGAUGCCUGCAGAGUCAUGGGGAAAUUAGGUUGCCAUUUUCUGAUAACGUUGCUGUUUUUGGAUGUUUAAAGCUACCUGGCACGGCUGCUGGCACGGUGCGCCUCAGAGCUGUCACGGUAGCCAUGGCGACCUCCUGAGGGGUGAACUUCUUAGUGCAGGAGUGUCCGGCGGUGACCAUGUUGGGCUUGAGCAGCGUGCCCUCCAGGUACACGUGGUGAUCGGACAGAGCCUUGUACACGGCAGCCAGCACCUGAACAUGAGCACACACAUCUUUAAUAAAAAUCUUUUUGCCGAAAUUCAUUGAAAUGAUUCUUGAACCAACCUUCUCUGUGACAUACUGGCAUCUCUGCAGGUCAUGGUCUCCGUCGGGAAGGAUCUCUGGCUCCACGAUGGGUACCAGACCAUUCUGAUAGAAAAAAACAUAUUCAGCCCUUAUUAUUUGUCGUGCAAUUAUGAAAAGACAACUACUACUCGUGUGAGUGCGUACCUGUUGGCAGAUGCUAGCGUAUCUAGCCAGGACGUUGGCGUUCUCUGCAAUGCCGAGAGCCGACGGGCAGCUGUCUGAGAUCUUGAGCACGCACCUCCACUUGGCGAAGUUGCAGCCGUCCUUCUUGUACUGCGCGCAGCGCUCUGACAGGCCGUCAAGACCUGCGGAGAGACGGCAAAACGGUUACACGUUGUCCUUACUUGCAGAAGGGCGCUUCCAGCAGGAGUCUAAAUCUUACCUUGUGUGGUCGUCUCGCCGUCUGUACCAUUCAGACCAGCUGUGCCUUUGUCCACCUGAAGCAGGAGACAGACGUUAACUUUCAAAAUAAGAGUGCAUUUCUACCCUUCAAGAAGUAAUCUACAGUAUACCGGGGGUAUUCAAUUCAAAUUUGUGAGGCUACUCAAAUGGUGGCCCUCAAGUUCAGUGCAAAACAGCAAACAGCUCCUGUCAUAGGGCAGUGAUUACCAACCACUGUGCUGCGGCACAUUAGUGUGCGGUGAGCAAUCAUCAGGUGUGCUUUUUCCAAUUUCACUUCAUUAAAAGUCUAAAAGGUAUUAUUUAUUUACAGCAAAUAAUGUAUAUUUGCUCAUCUAUCGUAUCUCUGCCAGGGACGCAACGUGACAUACAGAGCAGUUAGAGGUUCUUCCACUAGAUGGCAGAAGGUAUUAACAUGUCAUUCAUACAAUAAGAUGUCAGGAGCUCAGUGGGCGUUUUUACCUUUUCCACAUGAAUCCUGCUUGGCAACAAACAGCCACUGGUGUCCAGGCUAGUUAGUUAGUCUUUAAUUAAGUUACACAAGCAAAACUAGCCCUACUUGGACAAUAUUUAUGUAUGCCGCCUCCUCACCUUAAUGCCCACAACAAUGCCCUGGUCUUUGAUGACUUGGGGGAAGGGCUUGCCCUUGUCUGACUUCUGGUAGAGCGUCUCAUGGAACAGGAUGACCCCUCCUAUGGACUUUGAGAUGGAGUCACCGGCCGAGAAGAGGAGAUCACGGAAGCAGCGACGGUUUUCCUC